CGUCCAUCAGCAGCCAUUUGUCAUCAUUCGAAAAUCGCAGUCGGAGGAAAUUUUAUUUUUCUUCGCCCGCGGAUUUGUUGUGAAAAUUGCCGAAAAAGAUCCGAUUUCCGAGUUGUGUUAGCCGCUUUAGCCUUUUCCCGGUUGAUCGUUGCUGUUUAAGCCGCACCUCUAGGCCCGUCGCUCGAAAUGGCCGCCGGAUCGACGCUGCAAAAGGCAAUCGAUAUUGUCACGAAGGCCACCGAGGAGGAUCGCAACAAGAACUACGAGGAAGCGCUACGGUUGUACGAGCACGGAGUGGAAUACUUUCUGCAUGCCAUCAAAUAUGAAGCCCAGGGUGACAAAGCAAAGGACUCGAUCCGGGCAAAGUGCCUCCAGUAUCUGGACCGGGCGGAAAAGCUGAAGGCGUACCUCAAGAAGGGCAAGAAAAAGCCGGUCAAGGACGGUGGCAGCGGCGGCAGUUCCAAGGACGACAAGGGCAAAAAGAACAACGGCGGCGACAGCAGCUCCGAGUCGGACUCGGACGAUCCGGAGAAGAAGAAGCUGCAGUCGAAGCUGGAGGGCGCGAUCGUGGUGGAGAAGCCGCACGUAAAGUGGUCCGACGUGGCGGGGCUGGAGGGCGCGAAGGAAGCGCUCAAGGAGGCGGUCAUCCUGCCGAUCAAGUUUCCACAUCUGUUCACCGGGAAGCGCAUUCCGUGGAAGGGGAUCCUGCUGUUUGGGCCUCCCGGCACGGGCAAAUCCUACCUGGCGAAGGCCGUCGCCACCGAAGCGAACAACUCGACCUUCUUCUCCGUGUCCAGCUCGGAUCUGGUGUCCAAGUGGCUCGGUGAGUCGGAAAAGUUGGUCAAAAAUCUGUUCGAGCUGGCCCGGGCCCACAAACCGAGCAUCAUCUUCAUCGACGAGGUCGACUCCCUGUGCUCGUCCCGGUCGGACAACGAGAGCGAAAGUGCGCGCCGUAUCAAGACGGAAUUUCUGGUGCAGAUGCAGGGCGUCGGCACGGACACCGAGGGCAUCCUGGUGCUGGGGGCGACGAAUACGCCGUGGAUCUUGGACUCGGCCAUUCGGCGACGUUUCGAGAAGCGAAUCUACAUCCCACUGCCGGACGAGCACGCCCGGUUGGUCAUGUUUAAGAUUCACCUGGGCAACACGGCGCACUGCCUGACGGAGGACAACAUCCGCACGUUGGCGGGCAAGACGGACGGGUACUCCGGGGCGGAUAUUUCGAUCGUGGUUCGGGACGCGCUGAUGCAGCCGGUGCGCAAGGUCCAGUCGGCGACGCACUUUAAGCGAAUCAGUGGCCCCUCUCCGGCGGACAAGGAGCAGACCGUGGACGAUCUGCUGGUGCCGUGCAGUCCGGGCGAAGCGGGUGCCAUCGAAAUGACCUGGAUGGAGGUGCCCGGAGAUAAGCUGAGCGUGCCGCCGGUUACGAUGAGUGACAUCCUGAAGUCGCUGACCAGCACCAAACCGACCGUCAACGAGGAGGACAUGAAAAAGUUGGACAAAUUCACGGAAGACUUUGGUCAGGAAGGUUAAUCGCUAAUCGAAAUGGCACCACACACGUGCUUGCAUGGCUUUUCCUUUAACAAUAAAACAACAACAAAACAAACUGUUUGUCACCAAGUUGUGCUGCUUUCUUCAGUGAUUACUAAAACAAGCACAUUGAAUGCGUUUUGUAAAUGUACGGCCGAAACUGACAACCACUUAAAAGAUAUUUUCUUCGUUCUUUAAUUUACGCCGAGCCUUAUCAAAUGUGUAUGUAUUUUUAAAAUAUUUUUUCUUUCUCAAUCUUUAAAUCCCCGCAAAAAAAAAAAAACCUUGAACAUGAUUCUUAAUAUAUAUACGAGCGUAACUAAAAACAAACGAGAAGAAACGUGCAGUGUCUAUUUGGUCAACCCAUCCAAUAAAUUGUUAAGUAUUUCUGAUAUAUUCUCUAUAUAUGUAUCUAUGUGUGUGCGCUGUUGAUGGAAUGAAAUUGAAACAAAAAAAAAUCACAGAACGCGACGAUCUGUCAACAGCAACCGGCAUUGGAUUAAUGAUUUAAAGUGAAUAAACUGUUAUUAGUGAAA